AUGCAAUACGGUAACAUGAUCAGUAUGAAUGAAUUCUUUGAUGAUUGUAAAUCUUUUGCUUCUCUCUUUUCUGAUUGUCUAGACUUGUUUGACUGUAUCGGAGAAAGAAUGAUCACUUUAGAGAAGGAGAACUCAACGUACAGGCAAAUCAUUUUACAAAUGAAACAUCUGUACACAGAGGAAGUAACUAGAUUGAGGAGUGAUUUACAAGAAAUCAAACAACAGGCAAUUCUCUUUCCAAAUCUCCAUAUGGAUGAAAGUUUACACUUGUUUCAUGUAUGGGAUUUCACCACAAAGACCUUUGAACAUACAUCAAGAACUCUCCUUAACAAUUCUUGGAAGGCAAAUGUAGAUUUGACAAACAAGAUCAAGCUUUAUGAAAAGGACAUUGGAAGGUUGAAGAAGGAAUUAUCGGAAAGCUCAAACACAAGGAAUGAUGAAAGGGAAACAAUAGAGAGGGAACUAGGAAAGAAAUGUAAAGAUAAUGAGGAAAAGAUCACUCAACUCAGGCUGGAGCUUGCUGUCCUUGAGAAUGAAAAUCAGACACUCCAAAAAUCAUCCAAAGCAUCCGAACAAGAACUUCAAUCCAAAGUGAAGAACCUUCUCCAAAUCAACUCAUUGAAUUCCUUAAACAUUAACUCCCUCAAACAACAAAUAGAAAACACACUUGACUAUAGUUGUGUAGAGAGUACAUCGAAAGCUUCGAAAGAGGCAAUCCUUUUGCAGGAAAUGAUAAAAUCUGCAAAUGAAUUUAGGGAGGAAUUUUCUCGCCUCCUUGAAGAGUCUAAGGAAAACACAAUGACGUUGGAGAAAAGAGUAGAGCAUCUCACCAGAGAAAAUGUAGACCUUCAAGGGUCAGUUAAAAACACAUUGAGGUUAUACUCGUUACUAGUGAGAGCAAGUAAGGGCUUUUCUUUUGAUAACGUAAAAACUAAUGCCCUUGAGUGA